GCACUCUGCUGAUGAGCUAUAUCCGGCCGCUCACUAAGUGUAAAUUUACUGUGUCACUUUGUGUGUAUAUUUCAGAUGACGACAGAGUAGGAGAAGAACUGCGCCGAAAGGUGCGCAUCCUCUGCUGGGUGAUGACGUCACCACGUAACCUGGGGAACAAGGCCGCUGCGGUCAAGGACACGUGGGGAAAGAGAUGUGACGUGCUUCUCUUCUUCAGCUCCGUCUCCAACUCCACGUUCCCUGUUAUCGGACUGAACGUCUCCGAGGGGCGGGACCACCUGACGGCGAAAACCAUGCAGGCGUUUUACUACAUCUACCAGCACCACCUGAACGACGCCGAUUGGUUCAUGAAGACGGACGAUGACACCUACGUCAUCAUCGAAAACCUACGUUACUUGCUGUCUACCCAGAACGCCUCGCGCCCCGUCUAUUUCGGCCACCAUUUUAAGUACAUUAACGACAGACGGACGUACAACAGCGGCGGGGCCGGUUACGUAAUAAGCAAAGAGGCCCUGACCAGGUAUGGGGUUCAAGGAAGAGCCAACAAGUCGAUCUGUCGACAAGAUGGCGAGGCGGAGGAUCUUUCUUUCGGCGAGUGCAUGGAAAACCUGGGGGUGGUCAUUGGUAAUUCUGCCGAUUCCUCAGGCCGGACACGCUUCCAUUGUUUCAUGCUGAAUGCGCACCUGGUUGGGGACUUUCCAGAUUGGUAUUAUAAUUUCAGCGUGAAGGCCGUGGCAAAGGGUAUUGACAGUGUCAGUGACUACGCCAUUUCCUUCCACUACUGUCGGCCACAAGACAUGUAUAUGUUUGAGUUCUUGGUUUAUCACUUGCAACUCUAUGGUGUUAUAUCCGGACGUCAGGAUAUCACGUGAAGUAUCACAUGGUAUUAUUGUGAGGAUCUGGGAAUUUAACAUCCCAGUUAAGUAUUUUACAAAUAAAAAAGUGUUUAAAUGUUUGUUUUCUUUAACGACACUACUACAGCACAUUGAUUUAUUAAGUAUGGGCUAUUGGAUGCCAAAUAUUUUAGAGA